AUGAAUUGUGAAGGAAAAAAAAAUGUUUCAGAUAAAAAUUUUAAUGAAAAUAAUUCAAGUGAUGAAAUUGUUCGAAGAAAAUCAACUAAUUUAAUUGUUUGUUGUGAUCCAGAUAAUAUUAUAGAAACAAAACCAACAAAAACAUCCAAAAAAGCCGAAAAUGUAUUAAUUUUAGUUUCAAUGAUUACGAUUAUUUUUAUUGCACUUGAAUUUACUGGUGGAAUAAUUGCAAAUAGUUUAGCAAUCAUGACUGAUGCUUUUCAUAUGGUUUCAGAUUUAGCUGGUUUUCUUAUUUCAAUAAUAGCUCUUAGAAUGGCACGUAAAAAACCAACAGUUAAUUUUAGUUAUGGUUUUUAUAGAGCUGAAAUGAUUGGAGCAUUAGCAAGUGUUAUUUUAAUUUGGGUAUUGACAUUUUCAUUAUUAAUUACAGCAAUAAUCCGUAUUUAUAAUAAUGAUUAUGAAGUUGAUGCUGAUACAAUGUUAAUUACAGCAGGAGCAAGUGUUGUUUUUAAUGUUAUUAUGAUGUUAAUAUUACAUUUUGGUCAUCAAGCACAUUCUCAUUAUGGAAUUUCACAUGCCCAUAGUCAUGUAGAUAACACUAGUCAUUCACAUAACACAAAAAAUAAUAAUAUUCAUCCAUGUCAUAUGGAUGAACAUAGAAAUAGUAAAUCUGAAUUAACAACAAUUCAACCUUCAAAACAUAAUCAUCAUAAGCAUCAUAGAAAUAUUAAUGUUAGAGCAGCAUUAAUACAUGUAAUUGGAGAUUUAUUACAAUCUAUUGGUGUUGUUGUAGCAGGAUUAAUAAUAAAAUACACAGGAUGGGAAUUAGCUGAUCCUUUAUGUACAUUAACAUUUUCAAUUUUAGUUAUGCUAACCACAGUUCAUGUCAUAAAAGAUGUUUUAUCAAUUUUAAUGGAAGCAACACCAUUUCACAUUUCAUAUGAAACUGUUAAACUAACAUUACUUAACAUUGAUAAAGUAACAGGACUACAUUCACUUCGUCUUUGGUCUUUAUCAAUGGAAAAACAUUGUGCCUCUGUACAUUUAGAAAUAACAGAUGAUGCAAAUUUUGAAAUAAUUAUAUCUGAAGCAAACAAAAUUUUAAAAGAACAAUUUGGAUGUUUUUUUGUAUCAGUUCAAGUUAAUAAAACAAAAAUUGUAUAUGAAGAUGAUGAUGAUGAUGAGAUAAGUAGUAAAUCAUCUUCAAAUGUUAAUUCAAUUGCUGUUGUUUAA